GCUAAAACGUAGUGAUUGUGUAUUGUCUUUGAAUGCAUUCACAGAAUAAGGUUUACUUACUAUUCUUCUAACGAACGAUCUACGUUUCCACCUUAUUUUACCUUAUUUUUGGUUUUGUUAAGGAAAAACAAGACUUUGUUUCGACUACCUUUCCUAAUUUAGGAUAGUUGUUGAAAUUUUAUAAGGUCACCAAGAGCUUACUAGUUUAAAAUAGGCUAAUGCUUACAAACCAUAGCUCUGGCUAAUAUUCUUUACAUUUGAGACGUUGACAUCAAUGUCAUUGAAAUUUAAUAAUAAUGGUCUCAAUAUUUUCCUUACUAUGGGAACUUGGAUUUUAACAGUGUUAUUGAUUUGUAUUCUCAUAAGUACUAUUAGCUGUGAUUCAAAUUUAACAGAAUACAACUUGUAUCCUGCAUGUCCCGUUGCAUUCAAAAGGAUCAAAAGAGCUCCAAUUGAAUACACAAGAUGGCGUGUGAAUUCGGAAACAUCCUCCGAGUUUAUAGUUAAAAUUUUUGACGAUGAUAUUUCUACGUCGAAGGCGAAAGAAGUCAUAGCUGUUAAUAUAGAACCGAUUACAAAAGGAAAAGAAAAAAUAAUUAUAGGCGGAGCAAUGGUAUCCCAAAAAACAAGCUCGAAUCCUUUUAUGAUGUCAUCAAAAGACUACACUCGUUUUGUACUACCGACCACUAUUCCGAUUGAACAUAUUAAUGAUGAUCUUUACCUUGCGCCCGUCCGUCCAAAGCAGCUAACGGAAAAAAACUUUCCUCCAAAACAAUUACAAGCUAAUUAUGGUCAAAGGAAAAAUUUGAAUCGCGAUGACAGUCCCCCUGCUGGCCCUCAAUUUCUAUCACGUACACCUGGUGUAUUAUCACAGCAAUAUGCCGCGGUGACAUCUGUCGCCUUCGCAACUCGUUCAACCAUCUCACCAGUCUUACCACCAUCUAUGGACUUCCAUGAUAUUCAUAGAACAACUCGUGGUCCCACUCGGACCAUACCGCUUCCGAAAAUAAUUGUCCCGACCAGAACUACAACUGGGAAUGAAAAUGACCUAUUUGCUGACGAUCAGACUACAGAGACGGGAAGAAGAUACGAAGAGCAAAAUAUUCCGCAGCGGUCAACUUCGAAUCAAUAUGAAUUUAUUGAUGCAGAAGAAUCGAUAUUUCAUGCAACAAAAAAUACACCAGAAUCAAUAAAAGACGAGGAAGAAAACAAAAACUCUGGAGCUAACGCCGAACAUGACUCUAACUACGUGACUAAAUUACGUGAUCCUGAUUACGAUGAUAAACCUACUAGAACUAGGAAAUACGAUGAUAUAAUGUAUAAUUACGAUGAUAUUCAAAAUUCCAUCAGCCCCAUUGAUAAAGAAUACCAGACUAAGCCAGACAUUUAUAUGAACUCUGAUUCUGAUUUAUCUAUCAAUAAGAAUGACAAUUUGUUAGAAAACAGUCUCUCUGCUCGAAAAUAUUCGGAUAGGGAGCAUAAUAAAGUAUGUAAUUUGAUCAAAUUAAGGAAUCAAAGUUUCGAUUCGCCACGGACGCUUCCUGAAAUAGUUUCUCAGUUAAAAACCUGGGCAGAGACGAGUCCCCUUGUCAAACUCAUUGAUAUCACCAGCGGGAACUUAACGGCAAUGGAAAAUAAAAUAUUUUUGGUGAUGGUUGAUGACCCUAGCAGCGGUCAAAUUGUAUCUGCAAAAAAGAUUGUUCUAAUUAUUGCGGGCAUACAAGGCAGAGAUCAUCACGCGGUCUCGACGGCUUUGUACGUGCUCUAUCAAUUAAUAGAGCGAACUGAAGCUCAUUCGGAUCUCUUGUCCAGAUUUCGUUUCUGGAUAAUACCAGUUUUCAAUCCUGACGGCUACGACUAUUCAAUGACUUUUCCACAUAGAAGGGAGUGGACUAAAAAUUUAAAACAAACUUGGAAUACGUGUAUAGGACGAGAGUCUUGCUAUGCCUGUGAAAGUUACGGAUUGAGAUGCACGGUCCAAUCUUGUUAUGGUGUAAACCUCGAUAGAAACUUUGAAUAUCAAUGGAUACCGGCUGAGGAACUUCGCUCGGAACAUCCAUGCGGUAAGCUGUAUGCUGGAUUCAGGCAACUGAGUGAAGCCGAGACUCGAGCGCUAACACAUUAUUUACAUCAACAAACAACGCAACUAUUUACAUUCAUUGCGUUCAAAGAAGGGGAAGUUCUAGGUGUGAUGUAUCCGUAUUCUCAUACUAGAAAGAAACGGACAUUCGAUCACAUUUACAGACAGCGGGCAUCACGUGCUGCAGCGGCCGCCUCCAGUAUAAGCGGCCGACCAUAUCUCGCAGGACAAACUUCUGAGUUUCUACCUCUAUAUGCGGGCGGUAUAGAAGACUGGGUGGAUGGUCACCUCGGUAUUGAUAAUACAUACACAAUUAUGAUGUUUCGACCAAAUGAUGCCUACAAUUCUAAACUUGCGACUGAGCGCGUAGUACACGAAGCUUACGCAGCCAUGGAUACGUUACUAUUAGAAAGCGUAGAACCUUUGGGACUAAGAGUGGCAACUGUUAUGGAAGAAAAUUCAAAAAAAACAGAGCAUUUGUCUUACGUGUUAUUUUGUAUUUCUUUAUUUAGCAGUUUUUUUUAUUUACUGAUUUAAAAUAUGUUGUAUGUUGAACUAUUUAAAUAAAAGCAUUUGCAAGUUUUAUUUUCCAAUAAAUCCAUUUCACAUCGAA